AUGGAGCUGAGCAUCUGCUGUGAACAAGCUCCUGAGCACAACGCGAUAAGCCAGCUGGCUGUCACAAAUUCCACUAUUUACUUUGAUGAAAAUUUUAGCCCUCCUGGAAACUGCAUCUCCUAUGAUGAGCUGAAAGAGCUGAAGACUGAAUUUGCCAUCAAUCUCUAUCGGCAUGUAUCCGAAGCAGAGAACAGAACCAAUCUGGUAGUCUCACCAGCAAGUGUGGCUGUUUCUUUAGAGCUGCUGCAGUUUGGAGCACAAGGAAAUACCUUUACAGAGCUGCAGGAUGCCCUAGGAUACAACAUUAAUGAUCGAAGUGUGCAGGACUUCUUGCACGUGGUGUACGAAGGAGAGACCGAUUCCAGCCAAGGUACGGUGGUUCAACUGGCAUGUUCCUUCUUCGUGGAUGCAGGUGUGCAGCUCUCACCCCGCUUUGCUGCACAUGCUGCACGCUGGGCAAACAUCAGCCUGCAGCAAACCAACUUCACUGACCCCAACAGAACCACAGCCCAAAUACAGGAAUGGAUCACCAGUAACCUUGGAGAUGGGGGUGUGCAUGGCAUGCCGUUGGAGAGCGCUGGGUCACCACUCAGCCAGGUUGCCCUGGUGAGCACCAUGUACUUCAAAAGCAUGUGGCAAAAGAAAUUUUCCUUUAUGGAUACCCAGAUGUUGUCUUUUACCACGGCGGAGGGCUCAAACCUGAAAGUGCCCACAAUGCACCACACAGCCGAAGUUAACUACGGCCAGUUCCAGACUGCAGCUCUGGAAGCUUUCAGCGUGGUCGAGUUACCCUACCUGGGGGAGAAACUCAGCAUGUUCCUAGUGCUUCCCAGCCACAAAAGAACACCUUUGUCCCAGAUUGAGUCUCACCUUUCUGCCAAAACCAUAACCCUCUGGGCCAACAGCUUAAAGAGAAUGAAGAUGGACAUUUUUCUACCUAGGUUCAGUAUUCAAAGCCUUUUUGACCUAAAGACAGUUUUUUCUUCCUUGGGAAUUAGAGACGCAUUUGAUCCCAUCACUGCUAAUUUUAAAGGUAUUUCAGAGCAAGUUAGUCUUUAUAUUUCAGAAGCUAUUCACAAAGCAGAGAUUGAAGUAACAGAAGAUGGUACAAAGGCAUCAGGAGCUACAGCGAUGGUUUUACUAAAAAGAUCUCGAACGCCUAUUUUCAAAGCAGACAGACCGUUCACGUUUUUCCUGAGACACGCCAAUACAGGUACAGACGCUCUCCGCUUCAGUAGCAGAAUCCUUCACAAGCAGCACUGA